UCAUUGGCUACAAGAACGCGUCAUUUUAAAGUCUGCACUGAUUGGUCACUGGUACUUCCUCCAAUGCCGGAAGUGAGUUGAAGAAGUCAAAAUGGGGACUCGUUUGAAGGUCUUAAGCGCGUUUAAAGCGCUGCACAGAACAAGGAUGGCUGUAUUCAAAGAUGAUGACGCAGCACUGACAGCUGCCAGGUUAAAGAUCAACGAGGAGUUCCGGAAAAACAAAAAUGAAACAGAAGAAGAAAACAUUAAGAAGAUGAUCAAAAUGGGCUCAGAUGUGGAAGUUGUUCUUCGAGAGACUGUGAUCCAAAUGGAACAUAAAGGAAAUAAUACGCUCUUGCUGCGACCCAGAGAGAGCCUUCUGCUAGAAAAUGUACCCUAUUGUGACCAGCCCAGGAAAGAAUCAUGACAUCAUGCCAUCUGAUUACAUCUUUUUCAACAAAAAAGAGACUCAUUAUCAUCCAUUACCAUCCAUCUGCAAUUUACCCAAAUGUACCCAAAACAACAUUUACGUUGUUCAGGAUCUCCUGAACAAAGACCAUUUUAAAGAUCACAUGGAGAAAUGCCUGUUUUUGAUUCACUGAAGAUCUCAGCUGUUCCGCUUUAUGAAACCUGUGCUUUAAACUGGAUGGUGUAAUUUCAUGUACAGUAUUUUAUCAAAUGUAAUUUAGAUGUGUUUUCAUUUCAUUAGGAAGUUUUGUUUUGUGCCUACUUUUCAGUAGCUUAUGAUUUAACUGAACUAGGGGGGAAAUGUUAGUUGCUACUGAAAAAAAAGGUGUGUUCUGAUUAAAGAGAAGUAUUCGCA